AUGACCAGGCCAUUUAGAAUCGUUGUUUUAGCAACUGGCCCAGCUUCAGAUUUAGGUUUUAAUAAUAUGAUCAAUCAAGGUAGAAUUGGUGUUUCAAAAGCAUUAAAUAUCGAAGCAUCAGAAUACUAUGUUGUAACAGGUGAAGAAGUUGAUCCAUUACUUAGAGAUUGGGUUAGAGAUAGAACUGUCGAUUUUGUUAUUUGUUCAUCUGUUGAACAUUCAACACCAUGUUUAAAUUUAGCUAAAGAAUUUUUAAACACAUCCCACACCUAUUUCCUUGUUAGAGGUAGUGGUGCUGUAACCAAUAACACCAUUCAAAUCACUUAUAAUUAUGCUUCAUCCAAUUAUAUCAGUGGUUAUCUUGCCGGUCUCGAAUCUAAAACCAAAAAAAUUGGUUUCCUUUCCCCAGGUGCUGCUGCUAACAAUAAUGAUUCUUUCGUCUAUGCCUUCUGGGUCGGUGCUAAACAUGCCGAGCCAAAUAUCGAGUUUUACUACUACAAUAUUGGUUCCUAUUUAAGUCCAGAUGCCACUGUUCGUGCCACCGAAAGUCUUAUUAACGAUUAUAAAUGUGAUGUCUUGGCUGAUACACUUGAUGAUUUCUCCUUGGGUAACACUGUUAUUGACGCUGGUUUAAAAGCUAUGGGUACAAACGGUUUCCCACAAAGAACAGUACACGGUGAAAAUGUAUUAUAUAGUUAUGCCUACAAUUGGACCAAGUAUUAUCUUCCAAUUACAAAAAAUAUUAUGUACAAUUUAGAUCCAAUCAAUGCUGGUAAUCAAAUUCCAAACGCCAAAUGGUAUGCUGAUUUCAACUCUAAUCCUGAUCAAAACUUUUUCGAUUUAGAUUUCAGUGUUUCAAUUUCAAAUGAUACCAAAAAAGCAGUUCUUACCGAAGUAAAGAAUUUAACAGAUCACCAAAGAAAGGAUCACUACUAUUACUGUAACACAUAUCUUGCCAACUAUUCCCUUCCAUACAACAAAACAACAGGAUGUAUUUCUACUGCAGCUUUCUUCUAUAUCAAUGCUCCAUUAGAGGGUAUGACAUAUUUGGGUUUAUAUAAUAUUUCAAUUGACGAGGUCAAACCAAGUCACUCUGUUCAAUAUUCAAUUUCAAUUGUAUCUGGUAUUUUAAUGUUAAUUGUAUUAUUAAUGAUGUUGGGUAUCGGUAUUUACAAGGAUAAUCCAUCAAUUCGUUCAGCUUCACCAAUUUUCUUAAACUUUAUCUUAUUUGGUGGUCUUAUUAUUUAUUUAGGUGGUAUUAUCUGGGUUAGUCCAGUUUCUACACAUCAAUGUAAUGCCAGAUUCUGGUUAGUUACACUCGGUUUUACAACUUUAAUUGCUAGUUUAGUAGUUAAAAACGUUAGAAUUUGGUUAAUUUUCGACAAUCCAGAAUUAAAAGCAAUUAAAAUUACCAAUUAUCAACUUUUCCCAUAUGUUGGUGCUUUCUUACUUGUUAAUGUUCUUUUAAUGGGUAUCUUAACUGGUGUCGGUGACUUAAGAAUGGUUGAAGAAACUGGUAUUGAUGGAAUCGGCAAAUACGAAUUCAUGAAGGUUUGUAAAAUGAACAGUCAAGGUGCUGCCACUCUUUACACUAUUCUCGGUUACUUUGCAGCUCUUUUAUUAGUUGGUGUUUUCGUUUCAUGGAAGAUUCGUAUUGUAGAUAUCGAAGAGUUCAACGAAUCAAGAGCUAUUGCAAAUACUCUCUAUGCCAUUAGUUUCUGUCUAUUCGUUAUCGUGCCACUUAUGGUUGCUCCACAAGAAAAACAAUCAGAAACCAUUAUUCUUUGCGUAGCUGGUCUCUUUAUUACAACCGCAGCUUUAGCAAUUCUUUUCGUUCCUAAAUUCUACAGAGUAUUCAAAUAUGGUGUACAAGGUACCAACGACAUGUUCAAAUCAAAGAAACCAUCCAAUGUAGCCACAGCUCGUGCUGAAAGUGCAAGCAAAAACUCACAAAGCAGUGGAACAAGAACUAACCGUAGAGGUAAUAUGAUCGAUGAUUUCUCUGAUGAUUCUGAAUCAUCUGUUGCCCCACCACCAGCCAGCGUUCCAGCCACUGGUGUCACUGGUGCUACUAUUUUAGCAGAAUUCACCGAUGAUUCUGUAUCAGAUAUCGACGAUAACGAAACUGAGCCAAUAGAAAAUGAUAAUGAAGAUUCACCACCAUCAUCAGCUCCAACCACCGAAAAUAACUAA